AUGCACGCAGUUGAAAGCCUUCUACAGUCCCCUUGCGGGAGGUAUGCACCAGUUGGUGGAGCCUCUCCAAGGAACGUGGCGGCAGGCAGUCCCUCUCCUGCAAUAAGUGUCGCUGCAGCUUCUGAGGUGAGGCGAGUGCUGGAUUCGGGGGCAUGUUCAAGCUCGAGGAGUGGGGGCACACAUGGCAGGUCUGCGAGCAGCAGCAGACAUGGCCGCACCAACUCAGGGGGUACCAGUACAAGCAGCAGCUGCCGCAGCAACAGCCGCAGCAGCGGCACAUCGAUUGGCACCAGCACGAGUCGAGCAGCGUUGAGCAGGUGCAGUCCUCCAGGGGGAGGCGGGGGUGUGAACAGCUCCGCAGACAUCACCCUUCGUCCUCUUUGCAUUGCAACCGCGGCAGGAGGCAUGGGGUCAGCUGAUACUGCCGAGGCGGUUGUUAUCAACAGCAACGAUCUGUGGGCGCAUCAGACAAGCGGAGGUCGCAUGAAGAAAGAGAAGGCUCUUAAACAGAGGAGGGAGGAACAGGUCCAACAGAUGCAGCAGAUACAUCUGGAGCAUGUCCAGUCAGAAUUAAAGCUCCUGAAGAAACAGGAGCAGCAAGGCGAAGCACCAGCAUCAGCAGCAGCACUGUCAUCAGCACUGUCAGCAUCAGCAGUGUCAGCAGUGUCAGCAGUGUCAGCAGCAGUGUCAGCAGUGUCUCCUCGUAUGCAGUCUCAGCUCGCCAGUCGUGACGGCACAGCCCCUUCCCAGGAACUCCAACAUCCCCAGAAGCAACUGACGACACCUGUAGUUGAACAGCUCUUGCAGGAGCAGCUACAGCAGGUACAGCAGCAGCUUGGCGCUUUAGCGCUGGCAGCUUCAACAGCUCCUGACGGCAGCAGCGCCAUGCCAUCUCGCCAAGACUCUGUCGAGCAGCGACAGGAGCUGAGAACUUCACUAGCCGAGUACACACCUCAAGGCUGCAACGGGGCAGUAGCACCGGCAGAGGGGGAACUUACUCUGGCUGGAGACGCCUCCCCUGAAGCAGAAGGCGGCGAGGAAGAAGAGGAACAUGAAGAUGACGACCCUCACCAGCACGAAGUAGCCGCUCAAAUCCGCCUCAAGGAGGGCGAGGCGCACCUCUUUGGUAUUCGUUCCCCUUGGCGCAUCGUCCGCAGCCGUUUCUACGUAACAAGUGCCAGUCAUGUGGAGGCGCUGCUCAACGUGCUCCUUCUUAGCCAUAGUGCAGUGGCAUGCAAGCCCUCCAACGGUUCCCCCGCAGCAGACACCACGCAUAGGGAUCUCAAUCAAAACGCCGCUGCUGCGGCUGCCGCGAAAGCUGCAGAUGGUGGAGAAGCCUGUGAAACUGACGGCGGCGCGGAGGGCGAUGCGGGCAGGAAGCAGUUCAAGCCUAUCCUAGACCACGAGCUUAGGGACUGGGUCGGGCAGUGCGAGCUCCACUACCUGUCGCACAUCGUCUUUCGCGUGUGGGAACGCAGGAAGUCCAAAUUAGCGCCAGGCAGCAAACAGCAGCAGAAACAGCAACAGCAACAAGAGGAGAAGGGCCGGUAUCGGCUAGAAAUUUUCUUUAGCACCGGAGCCCGAGACGGCUUUGGCGAGAAUUUCUACCUCUUAGAACGGAAGGCGCGGCAGCAGCAGCAACAACAACAUAACCAGCAGCAAAUGCAACAGCAGCAAAUGCAACAGCAGCAAAUGCAGCCCGUUCCAAGUGCAAGACAGCUUUGGCGAGAAGUGCAUCAGCAGGAAGAGGAGGAAGCUCGCUCUGCAGCGUUCCCACCAUGCGAGUCUCAGAGCCGUUCUGGGAGGAGUCCUCUGGCGGAAGGCGCUCAGCAUCCGCAGAACUGCACCGCCUGUCAGUCGAGAGAGGGCAAGGGUGAAGCUACCAGUAGGAGCUCCAGCACACAGCAGAAGAGCCGAGAGGCCAUCAGCGGCGUUGAGGCUGCUUGGCUCUGCCCGGGGGGAGAGAGCUGCAGACGGAGACCUUCUUUGAGGCCAAGUACUCCAGGCUGCUCGUGCAUGAAGACUUACGCGAACCGUGUACCCCCGUACUGCGAGAUCGCGCCGCUUCUUCCUUUGGGUCGCUCCAUUGAGGUUGGCGACUUCGAAGCGCUCAUGAACGAGGUACUGCGCCGCUACGGGGAUGGAAUUCCACAACGAAAUCGAACCGAUAAAUCGAAGCCCCAGUGA